GACGACCAUGACCGCGGUCCAUCCGGUCGACCCGCUCGCGUCCGCCUCCAUGAUCCUGCCGCCGCGCCGCGCCACGACCAUGAUGGUGCUCCACGACACGGGAUCGAUGACGAGCCGCGCGUGGUCGGUCGCAGGCGCCUUGUACCUCGUCGGCACCUCGGUCUUGAGCAUCUACUUUGUGGACCUUUUGGGCCCGAGCAUGACCAACGACCUCUUCUGGGCGGGCUUCAACACAACAGGCACGCAGUCGUUUGUCGCCGACGCCUUCAAUCGGGCGCUCACCUCUGCGACGAACGUCUCGACCGCGCUCGAUUUACGCAGCCCCGGCCUCUUCUUCAACAGCGACUACAGCAGCAGCGUCAACCAGGUCGGCGUCAACCCCUCGUAUAUUCGGAGCGUUCUUGAUACCAUGACGCUACCCGACGCUGUCCGUGGGCUCCGCGCCGUCACGAUGGACUAUGCGCUCUGGCUGCCGACGCAAAACUGCUGGGUCGAUUUGGAUCGUCGCUGGGAGCUUGCCCACACGCUGUGGCGCCAAGCCCGGUGUGCUGCGUUGGAUGGCGACAACGCGGCCGUGUACCUCGAGGCGCUACUUCGUAAUGUCGACUGGAACGACUGGGUGAGCACGGCGGGCUCGGGCUUUCAAACGGCGAUUCUCGACGCAGUAUUACAUGAUGCCGAUGGCCCGGCGUGGGUGACGGCUACGGCGAGCGCCGCCUCGUCGGUCGACGACGAAGUCACGUACUGGGCGACGUAUAAUCUACGCCGGUUUGCACUGCAUUGGCACAACCUCUGGCAAGGCGGUAUCACGGAGACCGUUGUGAUCGCGAAUGCCCUCGGCAUGGAGCAGAGCAUGAGCAUCAAGAAUCUGCCUCGGGUCGCGCGCGACUUUACGUGGACGAGCCUCAACUGCUACUGGGCGUUCUUCAACGAUCUCUGGGCGGCCGGCGUCCAGGGCGUCUCACUGGUGCGUGUGAACGGGAGCCAAGUCAACUUUGAAGCGGUCCAGGGCUUCAACCCGGCGGCGCUGCCCAUCGCGCUCUUGCAUACGCAUGUUGGUCCACUCCUCUCGAUCGACAUGCGGUACGUGCCACUGCCGCGCGAACUCGCGUCGCUGCUCGCAACGUACAAUGCUGUCUUUGGGCACGCGAGUAUGGCCAACGCCGCCUUUCAGCGACUCGCUCCGUGGGUGCACAGCGAACGCAUACUGACGAAUAUCGCACCGCCGUCCUGGACAACACCAGGGCUAACGUACGUGGGCGGCAGUCCUUUUUGUACGAGUGGUGCCGCCAAGCAUUUUGUGCAACCCAGCUUUGGCUUUUACGACACGUGUGGUGACGCGACACCCAUGACGCUGCGCUAUACGAUUCUCAGCUUUGUGUUUGCGGCUCUGGGUGCUUCGAGCGCCCAAUCGUCGGCGCCUCUGCCGCGUGAGCUCUGCGGUGGGUCGACCAACGACGACGAAUGCUUCAGCGACAUUGCGGCGGCCGCGGCACUGCUAGCGUCGUUGGAAGGCACGUCCGACCUCGUCUCGGCCGCCGCUGUCGUGUCGCGCGAAGUGGCAACCCUUCAAGUCGAGGUCAUGCAGUUUGCGAUGGUCAAUGGCUCGGACCCAAUCUUGCUGCAUCAGAUGUUGAUGGAAUGGGGUGUCUUUGGCUGGGUGCACCUCUACGACUGGGCGAUCGGGACGCGGGAAGUGGUCAAGUUCGAAGGUGACGUUGGUUCAAUGACGCUCAUCUCGACAGCCGUACCCCCGAUUGGCUUUGACGCCAUGGCGCUGGAAGUGCCCCGGAGCACGUGCAACUAUCUCUUGUACAUUGCUAUUUACUCGACCGCUGUCCUGGGCUUUGUCGCGGCAUUUGUGCUCCUGCGCUGUUUUUGGAUCGAGUUUCGCAUUGCGGGUCGCAACCUCUUCUUCUUCAACCGCGUCGCCGCCUUUGUUUGGGUCGGCCGCCCCGUCUUUCUCGUGCGAGGUGUCACAGCCAUCAUCCUUCUAAGCACAGCGCCCAUGACGCUAACACCGCGCCACGGCUGGACCGGCCUCGCCUUUGAGACGCGGUCCUUUCUUGAGACGGCGGUUUUGACGGGCGAAGUCGCUUGGCUCUCGUACGUCCUUGUUGACAUUCUCCUUGUUGUCUUCCCCGAGAACGCACCUCAGUACGCACCGUUGAGCGCAGCCUUGACGUGGGUUGGUAUCCUUCUCUAUUCGAUGUUGAAUCCGGUGUGGCCCACGGCGUCAUUGGCUCGGACCUGCGCUAGCGUCAACUUGGAUGCCCAGCUGCUCUGCGUGAGCGGUCGACUCGACAUUGGCAGCUGGGUGCGCACACAGCAUGUUAUUGCACUCAUCUUUGGGGCUCUGCUACUGGCGCUGCUGCUCGCAACACUGCGAAAGCGAUCGCCAAGUGCCGCGGAAGCGUCACCGACCGUCAUCCCCGCCGCAGGCGAAGCGUUCCUGAGUUUGCGCGUCUUCUCGAUCGACUACACGACAAAUUGGUGCAUGGACCACGCCAUUUGCGCAUUGUGCGGCCUCGUACCCUUCACGUUUCGCGGCGCCCACUACGUCUUUGACAUUAAACUCUGGGUCGUCUGGAAAAAGAAGCUCGCCAAGUCGACGCUGAACUUGCACUCGCCGUCCCUCGCUCUCCCCGCACGGCUGCCGGCGCCACGCUGGUCGUCGUCGCUUCUACCAUCUUCGCCCGUCGACGAGGCGCAGCCACUCGACACCUCGACGUGGCGCGGCUACUGCGUGAACCGUGUCCCAUGGAAUACGUUGAUGGUCGUGCUUGGCUGUGGCUACCUUCUACUGACGAUCGCUAGCAGCGUCGUUUUUAUCUCGGUCUCGGGCCAGAACCUCGCCAACGACUUUUUCUGGCCCGGCUUCAGCAGCACCGGCAUCGACGCCUUUCUUGGCAAUUGGUUCAACACGCAGCUGUUUUAUGCUGCUUUGCCCAUGACGUGGCGCCUCGACGACGUCGGGUUCGCUGAUGCAUUGCUCUACAAUGGCUCGACGACCUUGGUCAUGUCCCAGUCACUGUACAACAACGUCAUCUACAUGGAGACCCUCGCGAAUGACCUCGGUGCUGCGAUCGCCGGUCUCCGGAUGACGCCCCCGAGCACGCUGCCGUAUGUGUUUACCUCGUUUUGCUACCUCGACUUUGAGCGGCGCUGGGCCAUGGCCAACUCGGCGACUCGGCAGUCGCGGUGCGCAGCCUACCGUACGAACGGGGCGGUGUACCUUGAGGCGUUUGUUCGCAAUACCGACUGGGCGAGCUUCCAGCACACGUGGGGGGACGCCUUUGAGAUUGCGUUUGGUACCGACUUGAACACUAGUGCGGCCGGCAUGGCCUGGCGCUCCAGUAGUUGCGAUCCUGGCACGAGUGUUGCGGACGAAGUGCGACUCUGGACCAAACACGCGGUUUCCUCAUUCACGCUGCAGUGGCAAAACUACAAGCGGCUCGGCCUCUUUGAUUCGUUCGACGUCGAGACUGCGUUUGGCUUUCGCUACGCCAUGACGCUCAAGCACACCGUUGGCACGUGGGCGUGGCGCGACCAGACUUCGCUCAAGAUGUACUGGUCGUUUGGCGCCGACCUCAACGCAGUUCGCGACAACUCUUCGCUCUUGCACGAGCGUAGCCUGUUGCGCGAUAGCCCGCGCUUUGCCUUUGCGAAUGGGUCAAGCCUCGAAGACGUGAUGAGCCAGAACGGGACGCUGUCACCCCCGUUCGGUCUCGGCUUUGGGUUGGUGCGUGCACGCAUUGGACCCUUUGGGUCGAUUGACAUGCUGCACGUUCCUGUUCCGCCAGCGCUGCUGCGAUUGCAGCAGUUGUUCAGCCGGCUCGUGAGCACGAACCUCGCAACAAACGCUGCGGCAGCCGCGGCCUACAAAGCACUGGUCGUACCAUCGCUGUCACCAGUGCCCUCGACGUGGUUUACUCCGUCCAUCUUCAUCUUGGGAGGCAAUCCGCUUUGUGAUACGGGGGGCGUGCCCCCCACCCGCGACAUUCAGAGCUCGGGCUUGCGGGGGUUUUAUGGCGCGGCGGCAGUGUGCGGCUCGAACUUUGGUGAGUACAUUGCGCCGACGAAGAUGGAAGUCGUGUUUGCAGCUGCCGUCACGCAGCUCUCAGCGCCCUCGCUCAAUGUCUCGGAAAGUUGUGCCUUUGACGUACUCAGUCCGUCGACGUGUUCUGAAAUGGUCCUAGCCGCCGAGGCGUUUGUAAAGGUUAGCUUUUCGGCCGACCAAUUUCUUGAGCUUCAAGCUGCCGUCAACGCCGCCGCCGUCGCCGUUCAAGAAGCGCAUAUCGCGAUCGUACAGUACGCUCUCAACAGCUCAACACUGCAGCUCUUCUCGAUCAAUCUCCUCGAUCCAAGCGACAUGGAAUUUAUGCUUUUUGGCUGGUUCUUUCUCUGGGACUGGGCAACAGGGUAUCGGGAAGUCGUCACAUUUGUCGGUGACGAGGGUGCACUCAGCGUUCUCUCGACAACGACGACCACCACGAGCCUUGCACCAAACGCUCUCGAGAUCCCAAAGAAUCUCGCCCUCUUCUUGCGCAACGGUGUAUUGUACGUCACAUCGGUGCUCGUCGCUGUGAGUGUGCUCGUUGUACUUCACAUGCUUGGGAGUCGUGGCCAGAUCUCGGGCAGUCACCUCUUUGGCCUCAAUCGUGUUGCUGGUAUUGUUUGGGUGGGUCGUCCGCUGCUCCUUCUGCGCAGCCUCACGGCCAUGACUGUCCUCAGUACCGCGCGCAUCGACCUCGUUCAAACUGGCAUCGUCACGCUGUUUCGAACGACCGUCUCGAGCGCUGUGCUCACGAUUCUCAGCGCCGGCGAAGUUACGUGGUUCAUCUACGUUCUCAACGACGUUCUUAUGGUCUACACGCAGCAGUAUGCGCGCCUCUACAUGGUUAAAGCGUCAUACCUCACGUGGUUGAUCUCGGCCAUUUGGAGCUUUGUGUCGCCCGUGACGCACUCGGCCACCGUGACGCGGGCGUGCACAGUGUUGGACCUCAACCUCCAGCUGGUUUGUCGCAGUGGCGUCGUUCGCAUUGGCAAUGGCACGCGGUUCAUCGCGCUGACGCUGCUUUGCGUGAGCUGCCUCGUGAUGUGCUACUGGAUCGAGCGCUGGCGAUUUCCCAAAUUAUUGAACGACUCGCCCACGUCGCACCACUUGAGCUGCGAGGCAAAGUACCUCUUCCAGCUGAAAAAGUGGCAGUUCCAGGGCGUCUACUACUUGGACAAGGCGUCCGCGGCGAUGAACGGCAUGCUCAUUCUCUCGAUCGGUGACACCUUUCACGUCCUCGACAUUAAGACAUGGCGCCGCUUCCACCUCCGCGUACCAACGGCUCACUACAACGAGAUGGACACGAGCACGCGCCGCCGGCUGCAGCAUGCGUACCCUCUUGUGGAAUAACGCCAUCCAGAAAAGGCACAUAAGAACAGGUCUUACUUCCUUGUGUGCUCACCACAUUACCCAACGACGACAAUAACAGCCCAUGAACGGAUGCCUCAAAUGAAUAUGGCCCUAUCCAGCUAUCGUACAGGUCCACUAUCCAACUAUCUUGGGUCC